AUGGUCGUCGAUAAAUCGAAAAGGGGGAGGGAUGAGCGAAUAUUCGUGUAUUCCUUUUUCGUCAAACGUGUUAACAUCAACCGAAUUUUGUUGCUUAUCAUUGGCUUAUGGCCUUAUCAGCGAACGCCACUAGUUGAACUUCAAUUAAUUUUACUUUACGGUAUUCUGAUGACUUUUAUCUUAUUUCAGUUAACAGCGUUAAUAACAUCGGAAUGUACUCUGGACAUUAUCUAUAAAGUUAUAUCUUCGGCAUUCUUUUAUGUUUGUUUCUUAAUCAAAUAUAAUUCAUUUUGGAUUAAUGCCGAUAUUGUAAGAUUUUCGCUAAAGCAACUUCAAGAUGUAUGUAAUGAAAUAACAGACAAAAAUGAAAUUGCUAUCAUAGAAAAAUACGGAAGCAAGGCAAAACGUAUUACGAUUAGAAUUUUAUUUCUUGGCAUAUUCUAUCAAUUUACUUUUAUUUUGAUAUAUAUUUGGCCGUACAUUCAUCAUAUCAUGGUUUUUACAAACAAAUCUCAAUCACACACUUCGGUGUAUAUUAUGACAGAAUAUUUUAUUGAUGAAGAAAAAUAUUCCUAUUUAAUUACGCUGCAUAGACACACAGCAUGUUGUAUAGGCACAUUAGCAAUGCUAACGACAGGAACUAUGCUCUUAACAUAUCUUCAACAUACUUGCGCCAUGUUUAGUAUCGCUUGUUAUCGUGUUGAACGGGCAAUUGAUAUUUUAGAAAAGGGUGGUUACCAAAAUGAAGAAAAGAGUUGUGAGGAAAUGAUUCGUGCUGUAAAUAUUCAUUGCAAAGCUAUGAAGCUUAGCAAUUUUUUAAUAUCCAAUUUUUCGGGAUCGUUCUUUUGCUUGAUAGCGGCUGGUGUGCUUUGCCUGAGUUGUAACCUUCUUCGGUUGGCGUCAUUUACUGAUGACUUUGGGCAAUUUAUACUAGCUCUAACUAAUCUAAUUAUCCACUACGUGUACUUGUUUGUAGCCAAUUAUACUGCACAAGAAGUAACGGAUCACAAUGAAUAUUUGUUUGCUACAGUAUAUAACGUUCGUUGGUACGUGGCUCCGAUACGUAUACAGAAUAUGAUACUUUUUCUGUUGCAAAGAGGUACUAAAAGUUUCCAUCUGAUUCUUGGUGGAAUAUUCGUAGUAUCCUUGCAAAGUGCCGCUUCGAUAGCAAGCACUUCCGUAUCAUACUUCACCGUUUUAUAUUCUACCCGACUAGAUUAA